AUGUCUUGGAGUUUUUGGGUCCCCAAUCCAGGUACAUUUGAAAACAUUCUGCAGAAAAUUAAAGAAGUUUCCGGCUUAAAACAUUUGAGAGUGGUCAAAAGUUCAAGCACAUCCUACAGAAAUGACGGAGACAUCAUUGUCGGUGUUGGUGCAGCAUUCAGAAACGUGGAUCUACAUGAUUGCAUGCUUAUUACAGGUGAGAUGUCUCAUCACGAUCUACUGAAAUGUAAAUUUUCCGGGGUUGAUGUGAUAAUGAUGGAGCACAGUAAUUCGGAAAGGAUAUUUCUAGGGGAGCUAAAAAGACAACUUGAGUGUGAUGAUGAAAUGGAUGAGUUCGAUGUUAUUAUUAGCGAAAAUGAUAGCGACCCUGUUAGUAUUGUCUAA